UAACUUUUUAUCAAUGGGUCACACUGCUGUUUUAAUAGAAUAGAUGUAAAUUGAUUAGCUAAUUAAGCCAAUACCAAAUAUUCCCUUGGUCAUGGGAAAACAUCAUGCAUCUAGAAAGUAGAAACUUUGACCACUAAUAUGAUAGAUGUAUUUGAUUGGCAUAUAUGAGACAUGGGCAUGUGGGUAUAUACAGUAUAGUUCACACAAGUUUAAAUUAUCAUUAUAUAUGUCUUAUUAUCGCCAUAAUAUAAAAAUUGAUAAAGAGUAUAGUAUAUACCAUCGUUGUCGAAAUUAUCAGAUAUAAACUUGGGGUCCCUAUAAACUUCUUAGGUUCCAAAUAAAUUAAUUUGGCAUAUUACAUACAUUUUAAGUAGGGUGAUAUACGAAUAUAGAUAAUAAUAUUGAUCAGAAACAUUCUUAAGGAGAAGAAAAUAUAUAUAGCUAGGAAAAUUAAGGAGGAAACUCUAAAGCAGUUGAACAAAAAGUUAGGUGAAUAUAGUUGGCCUUAAUGUUAUAUACCCUUUUACUCAUUCUUCUUCUUUCUUCCCUACGAAUAUCUUUAUAACCUUUCUCGUCUUCUCAUUCUUCUUCAUCUUGAUAUCCCCAAAUAUAUACAUAAACAAGCCUACAUAUAGCGUGUGUGUGUGAUCAGAGAGAGAGAGAUCUAGAUAGAGAAAGAGCUUCAUACAAUGGAAGGGGUCGACGACAAAAACCCGACGUUAACACUAGAAGAAGGCGAAAACAACCCUUUUUCUUCCUUUGACGAUAAAACAUUAAUGAUGAUGGAUCCUUCCUUAAUGUUUUCCAGCGAUAUGGGGCCAUCUUCAUCUUGUUCUCCGGCCAGUUUUCAUAUGUCUGCUCAGCCAGACAAUUUUCAACAUGCUGAAGGAGGAGACGCGGUGGAGAUUGGAGGAUUAAGUGAUCAUAAUAAGAAUAAUAAAGGGAAAGGGAAGAGAUCAUCGGCGAUGCCGAGGAUUGCGUUUCAUACGAGAAGUGAUGAUGAUGUUCUUGAUGAUGGUUAUAGGUGGCGAAAAUACGGCCAGAAAUCUGUCAAAAACAAUGCUCAUCCCAGAAGCUAUUAUAGAUGCACCUACCAUACAUGCAACGUGAAGAAACAAGUGCAGAGAUUGGCAAAAGAUCCAAAAGUCGUCGUAACAACCUACGAAGGUGUUCAUAAUCAUCCUUGUGAGAAACUCAUGGAGACUCUCAGUCCUCUCCUUAGGCAACUCCAAUUCCUCACCAGAGUUUCUGAUUUGUGAUUUAAUGUUAAUUAGUCAUGUAAUUAAAGCAUGUUAAUCUUGGUUUAA